CGCCGGUCUGCCAGCAAUCUUUCUUCCGGGUUUUACAACUUUCGUUUUUUCCUUGUUCAUGACAUUUUAAUCUUUUUAUUAAUUUAAACUCGGAAAUAGCUCAUAGCUACUUCAGUAUUAAAAAAUGUCAUGGCGAUUUAAAGUCUCUAAAUAUAAAAAUGCAGCUCCGAAAUUUCCUAAAAAAGAGGAAAUAAUUCAAGACAUUCCAGUGAGUGAUGUGAACCAGUCCUGUGGUAAUCACAUCAAGUCCAGCUGUGUUUAUGUUGCAUUUAAUGUCGACUCUGGUGGUGGUGGCAAUCUUGGUUACCUCCCCCUCAAUGCUACUGGUCGUCAAGGAGGAUCUCUGCCUAUUAUCCAAGCACACGGAGAUUUUGUCACUGAUCUAGAUUUCUCUCCCUUUGAUGAUUAUCUCCUAGCAACAGCUUCUCAAGAUAAUAAAGUAAGUUUAUGGCUUUUGCCAAACGAGUCCUCGCCAACCAAUAUCUCUGAGCCAGUAUUAUCUUUACCUGUCUUUGAUCGUCGUGUUGAAAAUGUUUUGUGGAAUCCUCAAGUUGACGGGAUACUUGCUGUGACUUACAAUACUACAGUUAAAUUGUAUGAUGUAACUGGAUCUUCUGGAAGAGAAGUCUUUGGUUUUGCUAACCAUGGGGAUCAAGUUCAGAGUGUGUCCUGGCAAGAGGAUGGAGCUCUUCUGGUCACCUCCAGUAAAGAUAAGAAAAUUCGAAUAAUUGACCCCCGAGCUGGCACAGUUGUACAGGAAGGAAAUGGUCAUCAGAAUGUAAAAGAUUCCAGGGUGCUUUGGCUAUCUGGCAAAAAUUUAAUCCUCUCUACAGGCUUUAGCCAGUCUAGGAACAGAGAAGUUAGAGUUUGGGACCCAAAAAAUCUUUCCUCGUCAUUGACAUCCAUGGACCUUGACUCCUCCACUGGGACCAUCAUGCCUUUCUUUGACCCUGACACAAAUAUGACCUUCUUAAUUGGCAAGGGUGAUACAUCACUGAAUUUCCUAGAACUGACAGACAGAGACCCCUACCUCACACCAGGUGGAGUUGACAGGGUUGAACAAAUCAAAGGCGCUGCUCUGGUGCCAAAGCGAGCCAUGAACUUAAUGGAUGGAGAGGUCAACAGACUCUUGGUCCUAUGUCGCAACACCAUCCUGCCUGCCUCCUACAUUGUGCCUCGCAAAUCAUACAGGGACUUCCAUUCUGAUUUGUACCCAGACACCCAAGGAGGUGAACCAUCUCUAACUGCUGACCAAUGGCUAAGUGGACAGAGCACCAAUCCCAAAUUUGUCAAGCUUGAGCCGUGUAAACAGUUGAUCAGGCGAGACAGGAGAGGUUGUUUGACCAGUGGCUCUCCCUCACCCCCAUCACCCCCUGUACAAGCCUCUCCCCCACCCAAACAUGACCAACAGCCUAGUGGAGAGGCUGCAGUAAAACAGACAAUAAAAGAAACUGAAAAAACUGUAGUCAAAGAGCAGACAAUCCCUUCUCCUGCAGACAAGAAAGAAACUGUUACAGCCCCCAGCCCAGUGAAGCCUGCAGUGAAUCAAGGGACAAAACCCAUUCAGAAACCUGCUGUCCCAGAAGAAAAUCCUAACCCAAAACCCCUCAAGCCAUUUCCAGGUGUACGGCAGUCCAAGUUCCGGCACGUACAAGGUCACUUGCUCCACCCCAGCUGUUUCAUUACCAACGUGCGUAACGUGUGUAAGACAAUGCCAGGAGAGAGCGACAUGUUUGCUGCAAAUGUCACCCGGUGCGCUGUUCCCACAGACAGUCUUGGCGGCUGUCUGCAUGUCUUUGAGUUUUCUCAAGCAUCAAGACUUCCAGACACAGGGGUACCUGUGAUACAGAAUGGCAGUAAGGUCGUUGACUUCGCUUGGGACCCUUUUGAUGACAGCAGGCUAGUUGUUGUCACUGACAAUGCCAAAGUAAAUGUCUGGAGAAUUCCAGAAGGGGGGAUAACUGAAAAUUUGGAGGAGCCAGAAUUUUCUAUGAAAGGGCACAUGGAGAAAAUCUACUUCGUCAGGUUUCAUCCUCUGGCAUCAGACCUGAUCACCACAGCGUCCUACGACAUGACAGUUCGCAUGUGGGACUUGAAACAGAGGAAGGAAGUUCUCAGACUGGAAGGUCAUGAUGACCAAGUUUUUUGUUUGUCGUGGAGCUCUGAUGGAAAGUUUUGUGCAACUGUGUCAAAAGAUGGAUUUGUUCGAAUUUUUGAGCCAAGGAAAAACACAUCGCCACUAAAGAAAGGAACUGGGCCUGCUGGCAUAAGAGGUGCUAGGGUCGAGUGGGUUCUUCAAGACAAAUAUUUGAUUGUCUCAGGCUUUGAUAAGGCAUCAUUGCAACAGCUUAUAAUCUACCGAGUUAGCGACCUUGAACGUCUGAAUCAUGUUGAUCUAACUGUGUCCCCAGCCAUCUUGAUCCCCUUCUACGACCCCGACAGCUCAGUUGUUUUCCUAACAUGUAGGGGUGAACGUCUGAUCUACACCUUUGAGGUGUCUGAAGAAGAGCCUUACCUGUUUGAGUGCGCCACCUGUAAGCUGGACGGCCUGCAUCAAGCCGCCUCCUACCUGCCUAAAAGUGUGUGCGACGUGAGAAAGGUGGAAGUGGCUAGAGCGUGGAGGCUGACUUUGAACAGCGUUGAAGCGAUCUCAUUUACUGUGCCUAGAGUAAAGACCGAGUUUUUCCAAGAUGAUUUGUAUCCUGACACCAGAGUCACAUGGGAGCCUACUCUAACUGCUGAAGAAUGGCUGCAAGGAAAAGACAAGCCCCAGAGAACCAAGAGCAUGAAACCCUCAGACAUGACACCAUUGAGCCAAGCACCUGUGGAAGUUCAGAAAGUGAAAAAAUUUGAAAGUUUUAACCCUGAAACUUUUAAAACAGAUGAGCAGAAAAAGGAGGAGUUGCUGAACGCUAUUGUUGGGAAGCUGGAGAUUUCAAGUGAGCCGUUACCGCAAGACUUAACUGAAGGUGUUGAAGAUGAUGAAUGGGAUGACUAAAUAAGUGGAAAGUAUUUAGAAUGGAAUGCUUUUCUAGAUCUAGAAAUCCAGCAUAAAAACAUUAAAUUCCUACAGAUCAAGAUUAAUACUUAAGCAAGAAUAGAAUUUUUAAAUUUUCAUAAGUGCCAUUUAUGUAAUUGAUUGCUGUUUUUUUAAAUCGAUAAAAACAUAGUAAACCAUUUAAGCUUAUAAACAAAUUCUUUUUUAUGUAAUUUUUUUUCUAUUACAACUGGUUCCAAAGUUCUAUGGAAAUAUUGUGGUUAUCCUGUGUUUGAGAGAACAAUAACCCACUGGCUUUUAACUCAGAGUUGUCUUAUUUUAGCCCUUUGUGAUUGUUUACAAGUGUACAUAACCAAGCUCAGACCUGCACAAAAUUGUAUUCAUUAUUACAGUCAUAAUGACUCUAUCUUUCUGCUGGAAAGCUUUGAGUUGCCUUUUGUAUAACAAUAUACAUUACUUUUUUCUUUACAUUUCCUUUACUUAUGUAAACAUUCCCUAGCAUUUGUACACACUUUUACUUAUUGUCCCUGCAUCAGUGCAAUAAGAUUAUGUACCAAUUAUGUUCAUUUAUAGCUUUGAAAAUUACUUUGUGUAUGUAUAUAUUUAUAUUAUAUACAUAUAUUUUUUUACCUAGUAUUAUUUAAAAAAAAGAAUAGCUUAAGUGGUGGGUUGAGUAAACAAAGUUUCUAAUAUAUAUUUAUAAAUAUAAAUUGUAUCUAGUAUUAUUUUAAAUUAUAAGACAAAUGGUAGUUUGAGGAAAAUUAUUUUGUUUACGUUUCCUUGAUCCAUUGUUUGAAUACUUGUAUAUGUACUUAUGAUAAGUGAUGGAAAUAUGAGAAGGUUCAUACUAUAAGAAUAUAUAUAGGAUACGAAAAAUUUUAAAUUAUACAUUUUUAAAAGUGAAUUUUCUGCCUACACUUAUUGUUUAAUGGAAAGAAAUAACUUUUUUUUUAAUAAAUAUACUUGCGAUUACUAAUAAAAGAAGCAAAUCUAAGAGAGAGCUGAAAGUGCCAUAUAUUUCUAAUCUGUUGAGAGAAGAGGGAGGCUGUCAGUGAAUCAGAGAUGUGACAUAAAAGUAUCAGGUGCUUGAUGAGACUUAGACAAAAAAUAAACAAAACAAAUUACAUCCAGA